AUGAACACAGCUUGGCCUCACCCUGGCAUCCAGUCCGUCUUCAUCAACAGAUGCAGCAGUCCUGCCCCGGGGGUGUGUGACUUUGUGUGCGACUGCAGGGACUGCUCCGAUGAGAACCAGUGUGGUUAUCACAAAGAAUCAGUCACGCUGGGAACUCCCUUCACCUGCGAUUUUGAAGAGGGCGACUGUGGAUGGAAGGAUGUGAGCACCUCUGGCUACAGAUGGGUCACAGGCCGAACCAGCAUCGCCAUGUGGGGGACAGGGCCCAGCGCCGAUCACACCCGGGGCACUGAUCUGGGCUGGUACAUGGCUGCAGAGAUGCGCAGAAACACGUUUGCUGCCAUCGCUAGGUUAAGGUCCCCUGUGAUGCGACAAGCAGCAGCCACCUGUGAGAUCAGAGCAUGGUAUCGCCUGUGGGAAACAGGGCUUAACAAGACGGUGCAGCCGGCUCUGUGGGUGGAGCUGACGUAUGACAAUGAGACCAUAACGCUGUGGCAGAGCCCUGAAAGCAGCAUUUCUGCCUGGCAGGAGCUGGUUGCAUACACAGGCCGGGUGCCAGGGGAGUUCCAGAUAACCCUCUCCUCGCAGCAGAGCUCCUUGCAGCUGGACGACGUGGAGUUCAGGAGCUGUGGCUUGCCACCGCCCCUGAGCCUAGUGUGUGGCUGGGAGGAGAGGAACUGCAGCCGUGGAUCAUGUGUGCAGCUGGAGCAGCUCUGUGAUGGCACCGACAACUGCGGGGAUCUGUCAGACGAAUCCACCACAGAGUGCAGAUCUUUCACCCACUGUUCCUUUGAGACGGGCUGGUGUGACUGGGUCACUGCGCCCGAUUACCCGACCUGGGUCAGGAACACAAGCCUCCACCUCGCGCCUGCAGCCCGCACCCCCACACGGGACCACAGCAGCAACAGCAGGACAGGCUUUUUCCUCUACAUCACUACCGGCCCACAGGACCUGAGCAGCGGUGCGGCCAGACUGAUUAGUCCAGUUUUCCAAGCAACCAAGACCAGCAGCUGCUCUCUCGUGUUCUACUCCCACCUCUACGACUCGGCCACCGGCAGCCUCAACAUCUACUACCAAACCAACUCCGUCACGCAGCUCAUGCACACGAGGGCUGGGGACCUCGGCGAUUACUGGUUCAGGGGGAAAGUGGACUUCAAUGUGACCAAGAACUUUCAGAUCGUUCUUGAGGGCAUGAUCGGAACAGGACAGAAAGGCACCAUGGCCCUGGAUGACUUGGUUCUAUCCCCAGGCUGCAUCCGGGCUCCAGGCAAUCCGGUCAUCACUCCCACGCCUUCCUCCACUGACCCCACCACGCCCUGCACCCCAGAGGAGUUCACCUGCGACAAUAAGAAGUGCGUCAGCGCAGAGCUGGCCUGCGACUUUACAGAGACGUGUGAAGACGGCUCCGAUGAGAAGUAUUGUGGGACAUCGACCUUCGAGGCUGGGGCUAGGGGCUGGAAGGACAUCAGUGUGGGCCAGCUGCAGUGGGUGAGGGAGAAAGCCAGCGAGGGCUUACUGCCUGGGGCAGACCACACCACCAACACCUCCACAGGGAGUUACCUGGGCGUGGAGCUGGCUCCAGGCCAGAUGGUGUCUGUGGCAAGGGCUCGCACCCCCCUUCUAGGCCCCUCGGGCCUGGCCUGCUCCGUGGAGAUGCACUACUGGCUGCACAGCGACCCCCAAGGGUUCAUUGCGCUCGGCAUCGUGGAUCAUGCCCUGGGGACACACAGGCUGGCCUGGCACAUGCAGGGCAACGGCAACGCGGAGUGGAAACACGUCACCGUUCCUCUUGGGGAGAGAGCCAGACCCUUCCAGCUGGAGCUGAUUGCCCUGGUGGAUCUGCGUGGCCCCAUAGUGCAGAGUGCUGCUGUGGACGAUGUUGCAUUUGUGAACUGCGACCCCCGCUUUACCCCUCCAGAUGCCUCAGAGCUGUCUUGCAACUUUGAGAUGGGGCUCUGCGGCUGGUACCAGGAUCAGAGCGAUGAUUUUGCGUGGGUGCGAGGCACAGGGCUGGGGCUGGGCUCUGACCACACCACCGGCACAGGCUAUUUCUUGUCCGUGGAUCUCUCCGCCCAAAGUACCUGGGCCCUGAGCGCACGUCUCAUCACCUACCCCCAGGACCCUCCCACCAGAGAGCAGUGUCUCUCAUUCUGGUACCGCCUGGAUGGCCCUCAGAGUGGCACGCUGAACCUAAAGAUACAGCACGAUGGGGAGCCCGAGACGGUGCUCUGGACCCGAACGGGAGCUCAUGGCAGCAUGUGGCACCUGGGAUUCGCAACACUCAGUCGUCAGGCUCUACAGAGGUACCGGCUGGUCUUCGAGGCUCUCCGGGACGGGUACCUGGGGGACAUAGCCCUGGACGAUGUCACCGUGCGAGCUGGAGCCUGUGGUCCCCAGGAGUCCUGUUCGUUCGAGGCCAAUGCCUGUGGCUUCUCCUCCAGCUGGCAGUACACGUGGGCACGGCAGAGCAACGCCACCGGCACUGCCACCGCUGGUCCUCCCACUGACCACACCGUGGGGACAGCCCGAGGAUAUUACAUGAUUGUUGAUACCAGCAAGGGCUCCCUGCCCCGUGGGCAAGCAGCCACUCUGAGCUCUGGGCAGUACAGGCCCCUGACUCAUCCGCAGUGCCUGGGCUUCUGGUACCAGCUGAGCGCCAGUGACCCAGGGUCUCUGACGGUGUGUGUGAAGGAGAAGGGGGUGCAGCGGAGGCUGUUCAGCGUGAGCUCAGUGCAGGGGGACGCUUGGCGCUACGGUAACGUGACUGUCCAAGUGGCUGAGGACUGGCAGGUCGCCUUCGAGGUGGUGAGUGCUGGCGGCGAGCUCUCCUACGUCGCCCUCGAUGAUCUGCACCUGAAGGCCAGCAGCUGCCCAGAGCCAGGUUCCUGUGACUUUGAGUCAGACACUUGUGGCUGGACCAGCCCCUCAGACCACACCCUGGGCAGCUACACCUGGGGCUGGAAGAGCGGGGCCAGCCCGGGCCCGGAGGUGGACCACACGCUGGGCACGACAGCAGGUCACUACGUUUACUUCAAUGCCAGCGUGCUGGGGCCUGGGGGGAACGCAGCCCGGCUGCUGAGCGAGCACCUGCCAGCCACCACGGGUGCCUGCCUUCGGUUUUGGUACCACAUGGACUUCCCAGAGCACUUCUACAGUGGCGAGCUGAGGGUGAAGCUGAACAGCACGGCGGGGGAACUAACAGUCUGGUGCGCCCGAGGGCACCAGGGCCAAGGCUGGCGGAGCACGACCCUCUCAGUGCAGAACACUGUGGAGUUCCAGAUUGUCUUUGAAGUGACCAAUGGCGUGUGGCCUGCCGGGGGGACCAUCGCCCUGGACGAUAUCAUGUACCAUGCUGGAGAGGGCUGUAAUGGAGACGGUUUGGGCCAGAUGGAAGAUGGGAAACCUGCCAAGGGCUCUGUGGCAGCAAUGGUGAUUGGCAUUCUCCUGGCCACUGUAUUCCUGCUCCUAAUAACUUUGAGCAUAUGCUAUUGGCUGAAGAGGAGGGUGUCAGCAGGCAGGAGGCCAGAGGAGAGAGCCACCAGCCAAGGCUUUGACAACAUCACUUUUAGAGAUAGUAGAGCAGGAGGUGGUAGUGGACACCGCAACCAUCGGUGCUGCUUCAUGUUCUUCACCCCCAUAGUAUGA